AAUCGAAGUUUACAAGAAAAAAAAACGCAAAAAGUGUAUCUCAUUCUCCGCAUUUUUCAUAAAAUUGUAAAGAUUUAGUAUUUUUUGUUGAAUAAAAGUGCAGGCUUUACCGGUUUUACGUACCGAAAAUGUUCAAACUCACUAAGGAACUAAACCUGACCGGUUACACUCUGCUGGUGCCCAGUGUCAGCGUUGGAAAUGUCGCCCAGCUGGCCACCGAUCUGCUAAUCGAAACGCUCAAACCGGAGAAGGUCGGCAUGUUGUGGCACCCGGCACUGAUCCCGAUUGUUGGUCCCCGGGCAUACGACCACGAUAAGGACCAAACCACUACGACUGCAGAGCUGUACCUGUCCGAAGAACGCAAGUUGGUGGCCGUUCAGAUUCGUGCCCCUUUGGUGGGUGCCUUGCAAUCGGAUUUCCUCGACAAAUUAACGGACUUUAUCCGAGAUCGGCAGCUGGCGGAAGUCAUCAUCCUGAGCAGCAGUUUUGCCCACGAGAAUCACCAAGUUGGGGCUCGGCCGUAUAAGUAUAUGGCCAAUGAAAGGUUCCUAUCGGGACAUUCCGAAGCGCUGGAAGCUUUGCAGUGGAAUCCGUUGGAAGGGAACGUAAUUCAUGGCGGAGGAUUUGCUGCGAAACUGUUGGCUUCCUGCACCGAGAAGGAACUGAUUGCAUUUGUGCUGUUCAUGUACGUUUCCGAGGGGGACAAUACGGCAGAUGCCGUCCAGUUGGUGUCGCUGUUGGAUCAAUUGAAGAAACCGUUGCUUCCGAGGGAGGAGGAUGGCCUGAAGCUGAAGCUGGCGAUGCCCAGCUCGUGGAAGCAUUUGUUCGGGAAUGCUGCUCCGGUUAAUGUCUAUUGAGGAAAUUUGAAUAAAAACGAGUCCUGAGGUUUGUCAAUUUA